UGAGGUAAGUACGUAUUAUUAUGUAUUACCUAAAUUAAGAAUUUUAAUUUUAAUAUCGACAUAAGUUCUGCUUUAGUUAACAUGCAAAACAACGAUUUAAAAAGCAUAAAUGUGUAUCGUGUUAGGAGUUCUACCGUCACCGGUCAUGAGGGGAAGGGGAAGGGUAGUAGAUACGAAAAGAAACUUAAUUUUCUAUUCGCAUUGUGGGAACAAUUGAACUCAAACAGAUUGGUUUAGACAUUCAAAACAAACGCUAGUUCAUUGUUGGUUUUCACAUAGGAAAAAUAACAUUAUACGGAUUUAAUAUCUAUGGAUAAGAUUAUACCUGGAUUGUAUAUAGGAAGUUUAAGAGAUUCAAAAGAUUUAACUCAAUUAGAAAAAAAUCAGAUAACUCAUAUAAUUUCUAUAUUAGACGUACCUAGGGAAAUUUAUCAAAAUAAAAUUUACUUGUGUAUAGAAGCUAUUGACAGUCCGGAGCAAAAUCUUAUGCAAUAUUUUUCUUCUUGCAAUGACUUCAUUCAUAAAGCUCGACUAAAUGAUCAAAAUGUAUUAAUUCAUUGCUUAGCUGGAAUGUCCAGAAGUGUUACAAUUGCUAUAGCAUAUGUAAUGUCUGUCACUUCCAUAAAGUUAAAAUACACAAUGCGCUUAAUUAAAAUGUGUCGACCAAUUGCGAGCCCUAAUAAAGGAUUCAGUAAACAGCUUAAAUACUUCGAAUGCUACGGUUUAUCAGAAGAAAGAACUAGAUUGAAAUCUUUGGGACUUUCUGCUUAUCAGUUAACCACAGACGAAGAAUACUGUAUAAGAAAACUUAAAGAAGAAAAAAAGAAGCAAAAUAAAAUGAAUACCAUUAAUGAUUUAUGAAAAUAAUAAAUAAAUAGUUUUAAUCUUAGACUACAGAAUUAACUGCAAUAAUACACAUACAAUACAUAUAGUUAAACUAACUGAAAUGUAAUAAAAUAUGGAAGACCGAUUCAAGCGAAUAAAUGUAUCAGUAAAAUAUUGUUUCAAUGUUAUUAUUUAUAACAUUUGAAUUAUUAAAAUGAAAAAUUCUUCUUAUUCAUUUGAUUUUGUAAUACGUCGUGCACCUCUUCCAGGUGCUUUUGGUUUGCUGAACUUGGGUUUAUCAGAUUCUUUUUCAGGAUAAAGUUCAUCCAAUAAAUAAUG